AUGUCUUCCAACAAUACACCAGAUCUUGCCUCGGUAUUAAGAACUCUAGCUGGUCUUGCCCCUCAGAAUCAACACCAGGGUCAUGCUACACAUCAAAUUAAUCCACAGGCACCUCACCAUUUUCAGCCUCCCCCUCAGCAGGCGUGGCCACAAAAUUCUCUAGCAUCUUCGAGUAAUCAGAAUGCUACACCGGCGAGUGCCACGAAAAUCGUCGAUCCUGCCACUAUUAUUGACUGGUCAUCGGGUCUAAGAUGUGUGAUGAAGACUGUUGCAAAGCAUGAGAACAUGCUACAGGACAUUCGGCGUAUGAUCAAGGUCCAGCACGAGCAUGAAGAACAGUGGUGGAAAGGCCGUCAAGCUCUCCGGGAGAGACAAGAGGCAAGAAAGGAGGGCCAGAAGAAAUUGGACGAUGUCCUGAAACUGGUUGGUGGAGCUGUCUCGGCAGGUUCAUCGAAUACCACCCCGGAAGAGAUGGCCAAGGAACUCGAGACUUAUGACAUGAAGGUCUACAAGGCCCAGAUGCAGAUGGUGAGGGAGAUGACGGCCAGGCUACGAAGCCUAGGUGUUCCCUUCUUUGGGACGAGGACUGAGCUGGUAAGGAUCAAUGGGAAAGGGGGAGCAGAAGAGGGACGGUCAGCUGGUGGGAAGGGCGAGGAUGGGAUGAUUGACGAAAUUGAGCUGGUGAAGCUACAGAAGAAGAUGCUUGCACUAUUGGAAGAUCUCUGUAGUGAAUGA